GGGGCGUUCAAAACAGUCGCUGCUGGGCUAGAUUUUGCUUCUCUCUUUCUUUUUCUUGUUUUUAUAUAGUUUUUAGUGUUUAUACAUCCGUUUAAGGCUGUAUGAAUUUAAGUAUGUUUAUUUUAUUUUGUUGUGUACUAGAUUGCGAGAAGAUCCUGUACUAUUGUUAAUGACAAAUUCCAUCUUGUUUGAUUGAAUAAUCUUGCUUUGGUAAACAUGGACGAUUAAAACCUGCAUAUAAAUGCGCCUGUCGUCGAAGAACAUACCUGCAUUUCGAAAGGUAAGAAGACUAAUUGAAUAAAUAAAGGAUAGAAAGAUACUGCAGCAUCUGAGAUGCAAAACAAAAGCAAUUGACUUCAGCUGCAGCUGUUCACUAUCCCGCCCAUAUUUGUCUUCUGUUUUUAUGCACAAGCAAAAGUGAAUAACUUCUGAAUGUGCAAAAUUGUUGCACACAGCGCACAACCUACAAAAGCUAAAAAUGGCGUGCGUUAUCAAAAAUGUGACGCUUAUUUCAUGAUUUCCUGCCUAGUCAAUCCAUCAAUGGAGCGCUGUAUGCUUUUGUACACUGUUGAAAAAUCCCUUCGGUGCUAAUGUACAAUCCAUUGCUGUAACCUGACUCAGGGUUAGACUUAACAUAGUAAAUGUAAAUAUAUUUCCCUCCAUUUAGUAUGAUAUGUUACGUUUCGUAUGGUAUGUAUUAAUUUGUGGAUGUCGUCUGUCAUCCAUUUCGUAUGAUAUGUUACGAAUUACAAAUCGUAUAUUUUACGAAUUGAAAUUGGUACAAUAUGUUAAGAAUUGGCAAUAUGUAUGAUAUUUUAGGAAUUCCAAUUUGUUGUGGCUAACAUUAGCUAGGUGGUUAGGGGAAGGGUUACCUAACAUGUUAAGUAGUUGCUAAAGUUGUCCGUGAUGAGAUUCAAACACGCAACCUUUGACUUGCUAGAAAUUCGAGUUACACACCUACCAAUCCAUAACCAAAAAUAUCGAUUUUUCAGCAGUUUGAAGCAGGUGUACAAUAAGGAGGGUAAAGGAUGCAACAAUGAAACUUAAGAAUGGGAAGCAUAGAAAUAGCACACAUAGAACAGAUCUAUCGCCUAGACUUGCUUUCGAUUAGAAUGACAGAUCUACAAAUCACAUUUCUAUGUUAAUUUUGGGAGGGGGGGGGUCCCCCAAAAAGUUACAUCUUGCAGCUUUAAGUAACCUUCAGUCUUAUGUAACCAUUCCAAACCUAACAUAUCACACUAAUGAGUGUCUAUAUUAAGUGUAGUCUAUGAGACUACCAGGCUGAUUAGGUUGACACAUUCUGCUCAGAAAUCAGUUGUUUAGAAUUAUGUAUUCACUCUAUCCAAAUUAGACAUUUCUAGCCUGGGGAAAGUGACAUUAGAUUAACCCUUUGCAAUACAACGUAUCUGACUUUGACUUUCAAUGUAACCUAUGAAGUUGUGUUUAGCUGCUAUGUGAUGCAUUUCAUUCUCCCACUGUAAAUGGCAUGGCCUGUAACACUACACGGUGUGUCCUUCUCAGGUGGUGGAGAACCCUGGCCAGCACCAAGAUCGCAAUGAAGAACCCAGGAGCUGCAGAGAACCAACGGUUGGUGGCGUUAUUGGAGAAUGCACUGGGCAGGGAGAUGCGCCUCUGGAAAGUGCCAGUCUUCAAGAACAGCUGCAUUCAGGUAUAUAGGCUACCAUCUUGACUGAGCCUAACGUCUGACCCAUCCACCACACACCCCUGCAAAGGUUCUGACCUCUUGAUUCUUUCCACUGCACAAAGGGUACUGACAUUACCCCAUUCCAACUGCAAGAUGUGAUACUGUGGCUGGGUGAAAUGUGCAGACUGUUCAACUUCUGUCAAGAAACAGUUGCUCUUGGAGUCUGUGUUCUGAAUCGACUUCUAGCAACAGUGAAGGUAUGGAAAUCUUCUGUUCUUGACAAUAGUUCACAGCCUACAUUCUGCUAAACUAUAGAGGUGCUAAAUCACCUUCUGUCUUCUGUUUCAGGCCCCGCCCAAAUACCUGAAGUGUAUCGCCUUCACCUCUCUGAUUCUCUCAGCAAAAAUCAAUGAGGAUGAGGUGGGAUUUUUAUCUCUUGGAAGUUUAACAUCAAAUCAUAAUUGAACAUAGAACAAGUGUAUUCUUUCUUAUAAUCAAAAUACAACACAACGCUAGUUUAAUACAAUACGUUUAUUAGCUCCCUUGCUGGCUGAUGUCUGUUGAAACAGGUGAUUGGAUCAGUCAAGGGCCUUGUUGUGCAGAGUGGAUGCAACUUUUCAACAGCCGAGAUUCUUCGCAUGGAGAGGAUCAUACUAGAUAAGUUGAACUGGGACCUGUACACCGCAACACCAAUCGACUUCAUUCACAUCGUAAGUAGCAGUUAACACGUCCUCACUGCCGUGACAGGCUCAAACACAGCAGUACAAAAGCACAAGGCAACACACACUUCAUCUUGUCAAAGAUGGCCAUUGUUAACUUCUCCCCAAUAGAGAAUUGGUCCUAAAAAUUGUGCAUUGACUUGUGUCCACCUGUGAUAUGUCUCUGUCCACACCUGACACCAUUGACAAGCGGUCAUCUAAAACAAAGGGAUUAAAUGCGAUGUAGAUCAUAGAUCAGGCCAAGGCACCUACAGUGGGCUCCAAAAUUACUGGCACCCUGUCUGGCAAUGCACAAACAAUACUUUAUAAUAAUACAAUAAUACAAUAUAAUUAUAGAGAUAAUCUGAAAAUACCAACAUGUGAGAAAUACUGUACUAUAUUAAUGUUCCAAUGGAACCCACCAAAAUAAUUUAUUGAUUUAAUAAAAAAUCAAUGUCCUCCAAAUCAAGGUUUCACAAUUAAUGGCACCCUUAAAGAUUAUUGUAAAUAACAUCUACCAAAAUUAAACCAGGAAUUAAAUUCCACUUAUUUCAGUUUACAGUGGGGGAAAAAAGUAUUUAGUCAGCCACCAAUUGUGCAAGUUCUCCCACUUAAAAAGAUGAGAGGCCUGUAAUUUUCAUCAUAGGUACACGUCAACUAUGACAGACAAAAUUAAGAAAAAAAAUCCAGAAAAUCACAUUGUAUGAUUUUUUUAUGAAUUUAUUUGCAAAUUAUGGUGGAAAAUAAGUAUUUGGUCAAUGACACAGGUCAAACGUUUUCUGUAAGUCUUCACAAGGUUUUCACACACUGUUGCUGGUAUUUUGGCCCAUUCCUCCAUGCAGAUCUCCUCUAGAGCAGUGAUGUUUUGGGGCUGUCGCUGGGCAACACAGACUUUCAACUCCCUCCAAAGAUUUUCUAUGGGGUUGAGAUCUGCAGACUGGCUAGGCCACUCCAGGACCUUGAAAUGCUUCUUACGAAGCCACUCCUUCGUUGCCCGGGCGGUGUGUUUGGGAUCAUUGUCAUGCUGAAAGACCCAGCCACGUUUCAUCUUCAAUGCCCUUGCUGAUGGAGGUUUUCACUCAAAAUCUCACGAUACAUGGCCCCAUUCAUUCUUUCCUUUACACGGAUCAGUCGUCCUGGUCCCUUUGCAGAAAAACAGCUCCAAAGCAUGAUGUUUCCACCCCCAUGCUUCACAGUAGGUAUGGUGUUCUUUGGAUGCAACUCAGCAUUCUUUGUCCUCCAAACACGACACGUUUUUACCAAAAAGUUCUAUUUUGGUUUCAUCUGACCAUAUGACAUUCUCCCAAUCCUCUUCUGGAUCAUCCAAAUGCACUCUAGCAAACUUCAGACGGGCCUGGACAUGUACUGGCUUACGCAGGGGGACACGUCUGGCACUGCAGGAUUUGAGUCCCUGGCGGCGUAUUGUGUUACUGAUGGUAGGCUUUGUUACUUUGGUCCCAGCUCUCUGCAGGUCAUUCACUAGGUCCCCCCGUGUGGUUCUGGGAUUUUUGCUCACCGUUCUUGUGAUCAUUUUGACCCCACGGGGUGAGAUCUUGCGUGGAGCCCCAGAUCGAGGGAGAUUAUCAGUGGUCUUGUAUGUCUUCCAUUUCCUAAUAAUUGCUCCCACAGUUGAUUUCUUCAAACCAAGCUGCUUACCUAUUGCAGAUUCAGUCUUCCCAGCCUGGUGCAGGUCUACAAUUUUGUUUCUGGUGUCCUUUGACAGCUCUUUGGUCUUGGCCAUAGUGGAGUUUGGAGUGUGACUGUUUGAGGUUGUGGACAGGUGUAUUUUAUACUGAUAACAAGUUCAAACAGGUGCCAUUAAUACAGGUAAUGAGUGGAGGACAUAGGAGCCUCUUAAAGAAGAAGUUACAGGUCUGUGAGAGCCAGAAAUCUUGCUUGUUUGUAGGUGACCAAAUACUUAUUUUCCACCAUCAUUUGCAAAUAAAUUCAUUAAAAAUCCUACAAUGUGAUUUUCUGGAAAAAAAACAUCUCAGUUUGUCUGUCAUAGUUGACGUGUACCUAUGAUGAAAAUUACAGGCCUCUCUCAUCUUUUUAAGUGGGAGAACUUGCACAAUUGGUGGCUGACUAAAUACUUUUUUCCCCACUGUAUCUACGUUUUAAGGAACUAUAUUGAGCCAUUACAUCACUUCCUGUUUCACUAGGGUAUAAAAAUGAGGUAACACGCAUACAAUAUCCCUUUGUCAUCCAACACCAUGAAGAAAACAAAAGAACUGGCAGUUCAAAAGAGACAGAUGGUCGUAGACCUUCAUAAAUCUGGUAAUGGCUACAAGAAGAUCUACAAAUGAUUGAAUAUACCACUGAGCACUGUCAACGCAAUUAUUUAAAAAAUUAAAAAGAUAUGGAACAGUUGAAAACCUCAUGGGUAGAGGACGCAAAUGCAUUUUGCCCCCCAGGAUAGGGAGGAGGAUGGUGAGAGAAGCAACAAAAUCCCCAAGAAUCACUGUGAAAGAAUUGCAGGCCUUGGUGGCGUCUUGGGGUCACCAGGUUUCAAAAAUCACCAUCAGACGCCACUUCCACAACCACAGGCUCUUUGGAUGGGUUGCCAGAAGAAAGCCCUUUCUGACCCCAAGACACAGACGCAAGCGCUUGGAGUUUGCCAAACGUCAUUUAAAUAAUGACUGGAAGAAGGUGCUCUGGUCAGAUGAGACCAAAAUUGAAAGUUUUGGUCAGUUACAGCAUCGGCAUGUUUGCCGUCGAAAUAGAGAUGCAUACAAGGAGAGGCACCUCAUACCCACGGUGAAAUAUGAUGGUGGGUCAGUGAUGAUUUGGGGCUGUUUUAAUUCCAGAGGUCCAGGGGCACUGGUUAAGAUUGAUGGCAUAAUGAAUUCCACCAAGUAUCAGGCAAUUUUGGCUGACAAUCUGGUUUUCUCUGCCAGAAGGCUGGGACUUGGCCGUAGGUGGACUUUCCAACAAGACAAUGACCCAAAACAUACCUCAAGAUCCACACAGAAAUGGUUCUGUGACAACAAAAUCAAUGUUCUGCCAUGGCCAUCUCAGUCGCCGGACCUCAAUCCAAUCAAAUCUGUGGGCUGAGUUGAAGAGGCAGUUGAUAAGCGCAAACCCAAGAAUGUGAUGGAUCUUGAAAGGAUCUACAAAGAGGAAUGGUCCAAAAUCCCUCCAAAUGUGUUCCUUAACCUUGUCAAACAUUACAGGAAAAGACUCCAUGCUGUUAUCCUUGCCAGAGGUGGUUGCACUAAGUACUCAAUGAGGAGUGCCAAUAAUUAUGAAACCUUGAUUUUGGUGACAUUUUAUUUUGUAUUAAAUCAUUGUAUGAUUUUGGUUGGUUCCAUUGAAACAUUAAUAAAGUACAGUAUUUCUCACAUGCUGGUAUUUAGAGUUUCUCUAUAAUUGUAUUGUUUGUGCAUUGCCAGUCAGGGGUGCCAGUAAUUUUGGAGCCCACUGUAUCUGACUAUUACCUCCAGCAGUAAAGCAGAAAGUAGAACCCUGUUAGUUAACAAGGGGAGAGGCUUUUAAGACGGGUGGCAGGUAGCUUAGUGGUUAAGAGCGUUGUGCCAGUAUCCGAAAGGUCACUGGUUCUAAUCCCCGAGCCGACUAGGUGAAAAAUCUGUCGAUGUGCCCUUGAGCAUGGCACUUAGCCCUAAUUGCUCCUGUAUGUCGCUCUGGAUAAGAGCGUCUGCUAAAUGACUAAUAAUAAUAAUAAAAGAUAGAAAUGGGUUAGACAAAUUCUAAGUACAACCUUAACAGAAAGCAUAGCCUAGAUUAAUUGGAAUAUUACUAUGCUGUCAUGUAUGCAUAUUUAGUGUCAUAAAAAAAUGCCAUGCUGUACAGAUUGUUUAUGGCACACUGGAGUUUGACAUCUUGGAAAGAUCCAUACUUUUUACUACACACCACAAACUGGAAGUCAAAUAAUCAUCAAACACUAAGCACUACCAGACACAUUUCAUCCUCUAGUCUAGUUUGAAUUAAAACGUUUAGGGCGGUUUCAUUGUUUCACACCAGAGCCAAUGUGAGAAUUUCCUCAAAUUAUAACAUAAGAUUGUUCAGAAUACUAAAACAUUUCAGAGAUUGAUGAAUGUCUCACCAGUUAGUUGUGUGUAGAUUAUAGUAGUGUAAUCCAUGAGAACUAUUCCAUAUUGUCCUAUGUCACAAUCGGUUUAUUACAAAAAUACAAGUAUUGUAGAAUUUAAAAAAGAAACAUGAUACAUUAAAAAAAUCUAGUUAAAUAAAAAUAAAUUCUCUAAUACUUUUCAAAUAAAUACUUUCCAACAAUUACAUUUCCCUGAACAUUUAUUUUGUAUUCAACAACCGAAAUAGUGGUCAUAUCUCCAUUGUCUUUCAAACAACAAUGGGUACUAUAGGAAUAUUGUCACAUACUUUCCACCAUAACACAUUUGUAUGAUUUGAGCUGUGGAUUCAAAUAAGUUAUUUUUCAACAUUUCCACUGGAUAUGUUAAACGAUAACCUGAAAUUCAAAUGUUUUUUUUCUUUGCUCAAACAAUAUGGCUGAAUAUUUACUAAAGAGCGGAGACAUACAAAAGCAAAUGCAUUCACCAUUAUUUUGUGACAAAGAGAAACAAACAAAAAGGUUUGGCCAUUAAAUGUAGGCCCCCCAUGUUGGUUUUACAAUAACAAUCUUAAAACAGGGAGACAGACGAGCACUGCACACAGCAAAGAGGGCAUCACACCCCAGGCAAGGAAAGGGGGCGGCGGGGGGGUUACUAAGAAGACAAUGUAAUAUGGAAAUGGCUGUUAAAGAGAAGAUGUGGAAAGUUGUCCAUGAUCGAUAUGAAUUGGUAAUGAAUAAAACAUUGGAUAUGUAAUAAUGAUGGUCUCCAUUUUUCUGUAUGUUGUGAUGAUUGCAGUUCCAUGGCCUGUUGAUCUCUGGCCAUCCCCACCUUUCAUCUGUGGGUGCUCAUUCUCAGAAGAGGCCUUGCCUCCAGGUGGCAUUGUGGACCAGGCAGGUGCAGCACUGUAUGGCCUGCCACCAGCUAUUGCAGUUCAAGGGCUCCACACUAGCCUUGGCCAUCAUUACCUUGGAGUUGGAGAGGCUCACCCCAGACUGGUUCUCCGUCUUCACCGAUCUGCUGAAGAAAGCACAGGUAAGACACGCAACGUCUCCCAUUGGCGCUAUCGCCAACCCUCACACUGUUCAAAACACUUGACUGUUUGUAAGUAAAUGUUAGGAAAGUAUGUUGGAGAAAGAUUUUAUUUAUAUAUAUAUAUACAGUGGGGAGAACCAAGUAUUUGAUACACUGCCGAUUUUGCAGGUUUUCCUACUUAAAGUAUGUAGAGGUCUGUAAUUUUUAUCAUGGCGGCAGGUAGCUUAGUGGUUAAGAGCGUUGUGCCAGUAACCGAAAGGUCGCUGGUUCUAAUCCCCGAGCCGAUUAGGUGAAAAAUCUGUCGAUGUGCCCUUGAGCAAGGCACUUAACCCCCUAUGCUCCUGUAAGUCGCUCUGGAUAAGAGCGUCUGCUAAAUGACCAAUUAUUUAUUUAUAUUUAUUUAUUUACUUCAACUGUGAGAGACGGAAUCUAAAACAAAAAUCCAGAAAAUCACAUUGUAUGAUUUUUAAGUAAUUAAUUUGCAUUUUAUUGCAUGACAUAAGUAUUUGAUACAUCAGAAAAGCAGAACUUAAUAUUUGGUACAGAAACCUUUGUUUGCAAUUACAGAGAUCAUAUGUUUCCUGUAGGUCUUGACCAGGUUUGCACACACUGCAGCAGGGAUUUUGGCCCACUCCUCCAUACAGACCUUCUCCAGAUCCUUCAGGUUUCAGGGCUGUCGCUGGGCAAUACAGACUUUCAGCUCCCUCCAAAGAUUUUCUAUUGGGUUCAGGUCUGGAGACUGGCUAGGCCACUCCAGGACCUUGAGAUGCUUCUUACGGAGCCACUCCUUAGUUGCCCUGGCUGUGUGUUUCGGGUCGUUGUCAUGCUGGAAGACCCAGCCACGACCCAUCUUCAAUGCUCUUACUGAGGGAAGGAGGUUGUUGGCCAAGAUCUCGUGAUACAUGGCCCCAUCCAUCCUCCCCUCAAUAUGGUGCAGUCGUCCUGUCCCCUUUGCAGAAAAGCAUCCCCAAAGAAUGAUGUUUCCACCUCCAUGCUUCACGGUUGGGAUGGUGUUCUUGGGGUUGUACUCAUCCUUCUUCUUCCUCCAAACACGGCGAGUGGAGUUUAGACCAAAAAGCUCUAUUUUUGUCUCAUCAGACCACAUGACCUUCUCCCAUUCCUCCUCUGGAUCAUCCAGAUGGUCAUUGGCAAACUUCAGACGGGCCUGGACAUGCGCUGGCUUGAGCAGGGGGACCUUGCGUGCGCUGCAGGAUUUUAAUCCAUGACGGCGUAGUGUGUUACUAAUGGUUUUCUUUGAGACUGUGGUCCCAGCUCUCUUCAGGUCAUUGACCAGGUCCUGCCGUGUAGUUCUGGGCUGAUCCCUCACCUUCCUCAUGAUCAUUGAUGCCCCACGAGGUGAGAUCUUGCAUGGAGCCCCAGACCGAGGGUGAUUGACCGUCAUCUUGAACUUCUUCCAUUUUCUAAUAAUUGCGCCAACAGUUGUUGCCUUCUCACCAAGCUGCUUGCCUAUUGUCCUGUAGCCCAUCCCAGCCUUGUGCAGGUCUACAAUUUUAUCCCUGAUGUCCUUACACAGCUCUCUGGUCUUGGCCAUUGUGGAGAGGUUGGAGUCUGUUUGAUUGAGUGUGUGGACAGGUGUCUUUUAUACAGGUAACGAGUUCAAACAGGUGCAGUUAAUAAAGGUAAUGAGUGGAGAACAGGAGGGCUUCUUAAAGAAAAACUAACAGGUCUGUGAGAGCUGGAAUUCUUACUGGUUGGUAGGUGAUCAAAUACUUAUGUCAUGCAAUAAAAUGCAAAUUAAUUACUUAAAAAUCAUACAAUGUGAUUUUCUGGAUUUUUUUAGAUUCCGUCUCUCACAGUUGAAGUGUACCUAUGAUAAAAAUUACAGACCUCUAUAUGCUUGGUAAGUAGGAAAACCUGCAAAAUCAGCAGUGUAUCAAAUACUUGUUCUCCCCACUGUGUGUGUGUGUAUAUAUAUAUAUAUAUAUAUACACACACACACACACACACACACACACACACACACACACACACACACACACACACACACACACACACACGGUGGGGAGAACAAGUAUUUGAUACACUGCCGGGCGGCAGGUAGCUUAGUGGUUAAGAGCAUUGUGCCAGUAACCGAAAGGUCACUGGUUCUAAUCCCCGAGCCAACUAGGUGAAAAAUCUGUCGAUGUGCCCUUGAGCAAGGCACUUAACCCUAAUUGCUCCUGUAAGUAGCUCUGGAUAAGAGCGUCUGCUAAAUGACGUAAAUGUAAAAAUAUAUGUGUGUAUAUAUAUAAUGUGUGUGUAUAUAUAUUUAUUUAUUUUCAGUUCACAAUAACACCUUUCUUUUCACUUUCUUUUUUGUAUAAAAAAGGACCUUGGUCUUUAUGUUCCUGGUUAGAAAAAUAUUGGCGUCAAUAAAAAUUUCGAUAUCUCCAUAAAUAAAUAAAAAAACACUUCAGUUAACAUGGAACCCACACACGAUCGACAACAUCUGUCAUAAGUUGUUUUUAAUUUUGCUAAACCUGUUUGACAUGUAUGAGGAAAUCACUGAGUGUUUUUCUGCUCCAGAUUCAGAGCACUGAGUUCAUCCACUGCAAGGAGAUGGUGGACGAAUACCUCACCAGCCUGGAGUUCUCCCUGCCAGCCAAUGCAGUAUACAUAUUUGACAGCACCAACAUGACCAAGCUCCAGGAUGAGGUGUCCUGGGGGCCUGCAGGCAGACCGGGACUCGGGCAGACCAGGAGGGGAAAGGGGAGCCGGGGGGAGGGGGAUACAGACAAAUUCUACGAUGGUUUUAGGUGCCUAUACAACGAGGGGUUGGCUCUGGAGGUCGACGGGGACAGCGAUACUAAAGUCCUCCAUGAGGCCCACCAGAAGAAUGUGUCCCCCUGCCCACAUCUCCACCCUGCUGUGAGC